UAUGGGCGCGAUAGAUUACUCACGUGAACAAUUCUAUGGAGCGCUAAUAUAAGCACUUGAUAUCAAUUACAAAAAGGUUUUUGGCUAUUAAGCCAACAUAUCGCAAAAUGGCACCCGAUGUGGACACUCCUCAUGAAAGGGCACGUGGAUUCGUUGGUGAAACGCCUCGGCCUCGUAUGCCCUUAAGUUCCAUCGUUGGAGUUGGCUACAGGUCUCAGCAGGGUCCAGGCAACCACUUGUAUGGCGGAGAUAUGAAGUGUGUUCUUUCGGCACCAUCAUCUAAACGGCAAAUGUACACAUCGGUUUCUGGCUGGCCAACUUCGACUGAAUAUCCUGGUCCGAUGACAUCUACAACCCGUGUUGCUUCAUCAACUACACCACUUCACCCUAUCUAUACUGGAGACAGUCACAACGUACCACCGUAUUCAUCUACACGCAGGCGCAUAGGAACUGCAUCUGUACCGAAGUACACCAGCACUUCCGGUAUUCACCCUACGCCCAAGCCAUCGUUUACUACAGCAUCAUCAUCGGCGUACCGUGAAAGUACUGCUGCUCGGCUUUUUGGAGAUGACAACAUCAAUGUUACCACAUCCCGCUUAAUUAAGGGAGUCCCACAAUCCCAAGAAGUGGUGUUAUUCGCUUUGCAUCCGCAAACUGUAAUUACUCCUCUACGCAAAUAUGUUAGGCAGAUGUUCACUGGUCUUCUCGAGUGGAUAUUGGAUUCCUUACAGCGUCAAGGUAUGCCUCGAAACGUUGCGUUGUCACGCCUGAAUCGCACCCGUUGGUUUCAACGUCUUUUUGACUACGUGGCUAUUGAGCGCACAUUAAAUGUUUUUAAGUUAUAUAUAAACCAGUCGGAUGCAUUGGCUGUUCCACGUGAUUUUACGGAUGUAUACGAAGCCUUUUCACACGAAAUAAACAGGUAUUGCUUAUCUGAGGCAACGCGAUCACCUCCCGGUGAUACACGUGCCGGUAGAGCAAUUGUUGUUGGUGGCAUUGAUUUUACUGAAGAGACAUUGAAAAGUAUGACAAGACCACUUGAACCCUGUCCUCAUCAAUCUCAUGCAAUCUACAAUCAUACACCUAUUGGGGCUACUCCGGGGAUCAAUAGAAUUGUUGCGGCAGGACUCGUUUCAUCUCCACCACCAGUUUGUGCUACCAAUAGCUCACAACCGAAUAUAUCCAUGUCUGUUAGAGCUGGCAUUAAUCGUAGAUAUAUAAUAAACCAUGACAACUUAUCUGUUUUGGGCAGUCUUGUGUCCAAGCUAGAAGGGGUACUUCGGCAAAGGCAGGGUAUUUUGGACAGUCUUUUACAGGAACGUUUUCAGCUUGUAUCGCAUUUGAAUGAACGUAAGGUGUUGUUACUUAAGUUGUGUGUGUCGUUGACUAACCAGCGAAUAAUUGCGGAUUCAUUAGAUUUCAAGAGAACGCUGGAUGAUGUAAAGAAGCAGUUUGAUUCUUCUCAAACAGGAAAUCGCACUUCUAGAUAUCUAGAUGACAUUGAACAGCAUAUGCGCAUUAUCGGACGUUGUGCAAGGUCCAUAUCGAAUAUGUGAUAUCUACUGUGGUACAUCGAUAGUGGAUCCUUACUACAAUUUAAAAUCAACUUGCGUUACUAUAUCAAAUGUUCAGAACAUGCGCACGA